GCAAUAGUUUAGCGCCACGCGUCAUGUCUAUAAUAAUAAUAGGAGCUGGUCUCUCAGGAUUAGCGGCUGCAACUGAACUUCUAGAAAUAAAUCCCAAUGCUGAUGUAAAGAUAUUGGAAGCUAGUAGUGAAAUUGGAGGCAGGAUAAAGACCAUUAAAAUUUAUGAUAAAUUGAUAGAACUGGGAGCUCAGUGGAUUCAUGGCAAUACAAAAGAGAAUUCUGCAUAUGCUAUUGCACAAGCGAUAUGCAACACUUCAAAUUCGAGCUAUCGAGAAUGUAGCUUUUAUGAAUCAAAUGGUAAACGAAUUAAAGAGGCAAUUUCAAAUAAAUGCUGUGAAUUAUUUUAUAGAAUACAAAAUGAAUUAGAAGCUAUUGAGAAUUCCACUGCCUCUCCAAACAUGUCAGUGGCUGAAUAUUUCGAUAAAGAACUCCCUAAAUAUUAUAAAGACUUCAAAGACGAUGAAUUACUUGAAGCUAAAAAUGUAUUUAAACAAUUGCUCAGAAUGAAUGAAAGCUACAUGGGAGCAUUGUUGACAGAUGUUUCAAUAAACGACCCUUAUAUCAGUACUGGAGACAAUACAUGCGUUAAUGAUGGCCUAGCCAAAAUUUGCUACCAUUUCCAAGAUAGAAUCUAUAAAGCCAAUAGAACUAAAGAUAUAAUAAAACUAAACCACAAAGUAGAAAAAAUUGUGCUAAAAAAUUCAACCGUAAAGGUUGUAUGUUCAAAUGGUUUAGAACUUAACGCCGAUCAUGUUCUCGUCACUCUUCCACUGGGUGUUCUGAAACAGUCUAAUCAUCUCUUUGAUCCUCCGCUUCCUAAGAUGAAACAACAUUCAAUUAAUCGAAUAGGCUUUGGUUUUGUUGGUAAAUUUUCACUGUACUAUGAAAAUCCUGUUUGGAAGGAUUCUAAACAUUUUGCAUUUAUUCCUUCCGAUGACCCAAAAGAUUGGACAGAUGCCAUUCAAGGCUAUUUCAAGGAUAGUUUUGGACAAAAUAUAUUAACUGGUUGGAUAGUUGGUCCAUAUACGCUACAAUAUGAAAAUGUCACUGAUGAAGAACUUAUGAAAGUGUCCACUAAUUUAUUAAGAAAGUAUCUUAAUGAUGAUAGUAUACCUCUUCCUCAACAUGUUUUUAGGUAUAACUUUUGCAGUAGUGAACUAUUCAAAGGAUGCUACAGCUACGUUUCAAUGGAAACACAAGCUGUCGAUUAUGCUAACUACUCUGAUCCUAUUCUUGAUGACAAAAGUGUUCCUAGAAUUUUAUUUGCUGGAGAAGCUACUAUACCACAAUCAUAUUCAACAAUGCACGGCGCAGUUGAUUCCGGAAAACGUGAGGCACGUCGCAUAAUAGAUUACCAAUCUCGGAAAAUUCCUAUAUACACUAUAUAA